AUGUUCUCUCGUUUGGUAGCUCUCUGCGCUGUCGUGGCGGUGUCGUCAGCUGGUCUCCUGCCAGCAGCCGUACACUACUCCCCAGCCUCCGCCGUCUCCUCUCAGAGCAUCGUACGUCAUGACCAGUCUCAAGCACAUGUCGCCAAAUUAGCCGUUGCUGCUCCAGUCGCCUACCAUUCUGCUCCCGUCGCCUACCACGCUGCCCCUGCCCCAGUUGUCUACCAGUCUGCCCCUGCCCCAGUUGCCUACCACGCUGCUCCCGCCCCAGUUGUCUACCACUCUGCCCCAGCCCCGGUUGCGUACCACGCUGCCCCAGUCGCCUACCACGCUGCCCCCGUCGCUAAACUUGUAGCUCAACCCGAAGAAGUUGCCUACCCCAAAUACGAGUACUCUUACUCCGUUGCUGACGGACACAGUGGAGACAACAAACAACAACAGGAGUCCCGCGACGGUGAUGUUGUGAAGGGAUCCUACUCAUUCCAUGAAGCUGACGGCUCCAUCAGGUCUGUUGAAUACAGCGCUGACGACAAGAACGGUUUCAACGCAGUAGUACACAACUCCGCUCCCACCGCCGCGCCCGCCCUCAUCAAGGCUGCCCCACUUGUACUCAAGGCUCCCGUCUACGCUGCCCCUGUACACCAAUACUACCAUCACUAA